AUGCUAGUUUAUUGUACAGGAUGUGUACAGUUAAGGAAAGAGAUUGAAGAGCUUAGGAAAAAGCUCCUCAUUCAGGAGAAGCUUCUUGGAGCUUUGCUUGAAAAGGAAAUCAAGCACAGUAUACAUGUCGGAGGAAGGAGGAGAUACAUGGAGGAAGAAGAAUCAGAAGAAGAGAAAGUGCAUGGAGAAGCACUUGUUGAAUUUGUAAAGGAGCGUAGGAAGAAGAGGAAAGUGAAGAAGAGAAAGAUUUUGGCAGAGGAGAUGAGGAGGAAGGAAGAGGAUGAUAGAAGGAAGAGAAAGGAAGCAUAUGAAAAAAAGAAGCUUCAACAGAAGAAUAAGGAGGAGGAUAGGAAAGAAUGA